GCCGCUGCCGUACAAACCUAGCAAACAGACACACCGCAAACGUCAUUUUAGCCGCCUGCAACCCGCGGCCCAGUGUCAUAACCUCCUAAAACACUGAAGAAGAGAAAGAACUAUCGUGACGUUCAUGGGUCAAGUGGGAGACGAGCCAUAGUCCAUUUUAUAAACUAAGGAGUGGUGACAGUCGUAUAUACAGCUCCUGAACACAGAUCAUGAUGGAUAUAAUAGUGAUACUCAUUCUGGUGGCAGCUGUAGUGUUAGCAGUGGCCCGUCUGAUUUAUGUCCUGCACAGCAUCCACCAGGGAUUGCCACUAAUCCUGUCUCACCACAAGACGGUAAAGACACUGGUGGUCCUUGGGUCUGGCGGCCAUACUGUGGAAAUGCUCAAGAUGGUGGCCGCCCUCAACCCUAAGAAAUAUAACCCCAGAGUCUAUGUGGUGGCAGACACUGACAAAAUAAGCAACAAAAAACUCUUACAAGUUGAGGAGCACUUUAAGGGAGAGGGUCAGUUUGUGGUGGAGGUGGUGCCACGUACUCGUGAAGUUGGCCAGUCCUGGGUCACCUCAGCCUUCACCACUUUACACGCCCUGGUAGUCAGCUUCGUCAUACUGGUCCGCCACCGUCCAGCCCUCAUCCUGGCCAAUGGUCCAGGAACCUGUGUGCCACUUUGUGCAGGGGCUGUAAUGCUGCGAGUUCUUGGAGUCACUCCCAGUCGGGUGGUGUUUGUGGAGAGCCUCUGUCGUGUGCGCUCCCUCUCACUCUCUGGCCGAAUUCUUUAUCCCAUAAGUGACCACUUCUUCGUCCAGUGGCCCCAGCUAACCAUAAAUCAUCCAAGGGCACACUAUAAUGGACGCCUGGUGUGACUCCCUUAUCCUAGUCCUGCACCACCUGAUAUUCUAGACACCCUGCAUCACUCAAACCCACCUCCUCUCCACUCCCCCAUACUCAUCACUACAUUGUUUGGUUUGUUGUUUUAUACACUGUAUUAUUAGAAUUUAUUUGAAGGGAAUCGUUGUGAAGCAUUAAAUAUAUAUUUAUAAUAUUUACAUUGAAGUUAUAUUCCCUUUGCUUGUUUAAAAAUUGUCCACUACACUAUGACACAUAGAGUGAGAUCAUCCCCAUACCGAGUUGAAUCUGUAUAAAAAAUAUAAAAAAAUAGUUGCAAGGAAACCACAAUACAUCUGCAUGACAAAAAAAAAGGUUUUAUUACAGAAUACUUUCUCAGAGUUCAUAUUCUGGUGGGAGCAAAUAUUCAUUGAUGGCUAUAUAUGUCAUAGUGAUGUUUUUUUGCAAGUUUGAAAUUAAAAGCAGAUGCUAAAGUUCAUAUGAUGAAUAACAAUUUGAAGUGGAAAGAUGUUUAUGCAGAAUCAAUGAAUCAGGUUUGCUUCUCUUCUUGAAAGCUAAUGUUUGCCUUACACUUUUACAGGAUGAGAUAUUAUCCAUGGGAGUAAAACAACACCCAGUGUUAGGGCUUGGCAAUGAGGUGAGAGAAUGUGUAGUUUGAACCACUUCAACUGCCAUUCUGUUAAUCACUUGCACUUUAUUUCUCAUUUUGUCUCUUAUAGCAAGGUCUUUAUUUUCUUCAUUCAUAUGCAAGUAACUCUCGAUUUACGCGAGUAUUGUGUGAUUGAAGAGGUCGCAUAAAUCAAAAACAAUGUAAAUCAAACAAGAGGUAGGUUUCUGUCGAAAAAUAAAUAUUCACUUCAUUCAGUGGAGAGAGAGAGAGAGAGUAUCUAUAUCACCGAAAUAUCCACUCAGGCACUCAGUCUCAGCCUCACUCGUGUGAGGAAGAAAUGAGGGACACCAUGAGCGACUGGCUAGUAUUGGUACCGGUACCGAGCAGUCUGGUACAGGUACCGUACCGUAUAGCUGGUACCGUUAGUACCCGUACUGGUACCGGUACUUGCCCAUUCUUAUUGUUGAGUAGCGUGGCAGCGUGGGUACUGUAUUGUUGUUCAAGUGGCGCGCGGGAAGAACUGAGCUCAGCUGUGUAGCCGCGGCGCCGUGUGAGUCCAUUUGCGUGAGACAUGGUGGCCACUCCAUAAAAUAUCGCGUAUAAGUGGGAAAAACGUGUAAAUUAAACAUUUAUUUGGAUUCUGGACCCCGCGUUAUUUAAAAAAACGCGUAAACCAAACUCGCGUAAAUCGAGACUGUGAAGUUUAUUAGAAAGAAAGCAAUGAUUUGGGGUCCCACAGUUAUAAUACUGCUAUUGAUCUGUGGGCUCAGAUUUGGCACUGGACAGGGCAAUCAGCACAGCCCACCUAGCUGUAUAUCCUCCCUUUUGGACUGGUCCAUAUAUGGGCAUUUUAGGAAAAAUGGGAGAAGUAAACUUUUGUAACCCUGAUUUCACACUUGCUUUAUGUCCCGAGGUAAUGGUUUCUUACCACCAUUUGUGCGUGGGCUAAAAAGACGAAGAUGAGUGCCAUUGCAACAGCCAGCAUAUGUAUACACUCAACAGCUUUAGCUAAGAUAGUUUGCGAAGAGCAUUGCAGUAUUCCAUCACAAACAGAGCCAUUCUACAAUAAAAGUACAUACUGACUUUUAUUUAUAAAAAAAUGUGGCACUGAUAGGUUGGGGUGGGAGACACUUAUGGGUUAACCUUUACAGAGGCAGUUUAACUUUACAAAGGUUUCCAAAUAGGGACAUGAGGUGGUUAUAUGGGAAGAAUGGCACUUGCCACAGUUACCAUCUUUUACAACAAGUGUACAAAUAAUUAUUUGUAAAUCCUCA